AUGUUCUCCAAGCUUUCUUCAAGGUUUGGGGGUCCAAAUGCGACAACACACGAGCGCGGUUCAGUCGACGUCGAGGCUUCCGAUUCUGAGCACUCCAUCAUCAGAGACGGAGAUCUCGCCUACACUCUCGCGAAAGGAGGAAAUGGAUCCAAGCCGGCAUACCAGGAGGCUGUCGGGGCACCCGUCGAGAAACACUCCCCUCUCGGAUACCACGUUGGUUGGAUCACUGUCAUUUUUCUGAAUGUAAACCAAAUGAUUGGCACUGGUAUCUUCUCAACGCCUGCAUCCGUCCUCAAUGGCACUGGAUCCGUAGGCCUAGCCUUCAUUUACUGGACAAUAGGCUUCCUUAUGGCUCUCGCAGGACUGAGCGUGUAUCUCGAGCUGGCUAGCUAUUUUCCCAAUCGGAGUGGUGCGGAGGUAGUGUACCUGGAGCAAGCUUAUCCUCGGCCGAAACACUUCUUCCCUAUCGCAUUUGCGGUGCAGUCCGUUCUUCUUUCGUUCAGUAGCAGUAAUGCAAUUGUCUUGUCACGAUACCUCUGGCGAAUUGCAGGGAAGACGCCUUCCGCGUGGGAACUAAAGGGAGUUGCGAUCGCCGCAUACACCUUUGCCGUCAUAUGCGUUGUCGCUCACAACAAAUACUCUCUUUGGGCAACAAACAUCAUCGGCGCGAUCAAGAUCAUUACCCUUAUCUUCAUCUCGAUCACUGGACUCGUUGUUCUCGGCGGCCAUGUCGGUCACAUUCCCGAUCCCAAUGCUAACUUCCGCAAUUCCUUUGAAGGAACUACGGAUAAUGGCAACGACCUGGCUACAGCGCUUGUCAACAUUAUCUUCUCGUACACCGGCUAUAGCAACGCUUUCAAUGUCGUGAACGAGAUCAAGAACCCGAUCCCUGUCUUAAAGCGACACGCUACAAUCUCAGUGGUGGUUGUGGCUGUGCUUUACAUGUUUUGCAACGUUGCCUACUUUGCUGCCGUACCCAAGGCUGAAUUCAAAACUGCAAAGGAGAUUGCUGCUGCGGUCUUCUUUACCAAGGUGUUCGGGACCGGGCCCGCAGAGCAGGCGCUGAAUUUCCUUGUUCUACUCAGUGCUUUCGGCAAUCUCUUAGGUGUGCUGAUUGGCUCUUCCCGCGUAAUCCGUGAGAUCGGAAGGCAAGGUGUCCUCCCAUGGACCGCGUUCUGGGUGAACACCAAACCCUUCGGAACCCCAAUUGGACCGUACUUCCUAAAAUGGAUCAUGACUUUCAUCAUGAUUGCGGCACCUCCAGCUGGAGAUGCAUUCCAAUUUGUAAUCAGCUUGAAGACCUACCCAGACGGUCUGUUCCACUUCGCGAUGGCAGUUGGAGUCUACCUCAUCCGCGUUCGCCGGAAGCGCGCCGGUCUGGGACGAACGGAAUUCAAAUCGUGGCACGUGACGGUUAUCUUCUUCAUCCUCCUCCAGGUUUACAUUCUUGUCAUGCCUUGGUGGCCGCCCAAGGGUGGCCCAUACGCAGGCAGCGUCAGCUUCUGGUAUGCUACAUACUGCGUCGUUGGCAUCGCCAUCCUGAUAAUCUGUUUUCUUUACUACGCUGUGUGGAUGUGGCUCCUUCCGAAAUGGCGCGGAUACAGGAUCCGACCCGAAAUCCUCGACGUUACGGACAAUGGUGCCAAUACGCAUCGCCUUGUUCAAGUCCCGCUUUCUGAGUUGGCCCUAUGGGAUGCCGAACAUGAUGAUGCUGGCAACUUGCGGCGCCGGGCAGUCGUUGGGUCUCAAAGUUCCUCAAAAGGUGAUGGUAAGGUUGCAGUCGUCGGAGACCCAGUCACGGGUCAAAAGUACUAG